AUGGUAUGUUCAACCUCCUUCUUAGGAGCUCAAAGCAUUGGCAUAAACUACGGCUUGUUAGGAGACAACCUCCCCCCACCGAACCAAGUGGUUGGUCUCUUAAACUCCCAGAACAUCAAGUUGGUCCGCCUCUUUGACCCCAACCCUACCGUCCUUGCUGCCCUCCACAACUCCGGCAUUGCGGUCGUACUCGGCACCCUCAACAACGACCUCCAGACACUUGCCAAUGACCCAGCCUUCGCAAACACUUGGGUCCAAAACAACGUAAUUCCGCACGUCCAGGCCGGCACCAGUUUCCGCUACAUUACCGCUGGCAAUGAGGUCAUCCCUGGCGACCUUGCUAGUUACGUCCUCCAUGCCAUGCAAAACCUCGACGCCGCACUCACCGCUGCCAACCUCAACAUCCCGGUCUCCACCGCCAUCGCUACCAGUGUCCUCAGCAUAUCAUACCCACCUUCCCAAGGUACAUUCUCUGAUGCAUCGUCCGCUGUAAUGACCAGCAUUUUAGGAUUCUUGGCAUCGAAGAAAACACCACUCCUUGUCAACGUGUACCCAUACUUUGCGUAUGCAAGCCAGCCGGAGAAUGUGCGGCUCGACUACGCGCUCUUCACGGCACCUAGCACGGUGGUCGUCGAUGGUGCGUUGGGCUACACUAACCUUUUCGAUGCGGUGGUUGAUGCCAUGUACUCUGCAUUGGAGAAGGCCGGUCAUCCGGAUGUCAACGUUGUGGUGUCGGAGACUGGGUGGCCAUCUGCUGGUGAUGCAACCGGAGCGACGAUGGAGAAUGCUAUGACAUAUAAUAACAAUGUGGUAGCGCAUGUGACCAGCAACACGGGGACACCUAAAAGGCCUGGGAAUGUGAUAGAGACAUAUAUUUUUGCUAUGUUUAAUGAGGACUUGAAGCCUGUUGGAGUCGAGCAAAACUUUGGGUUGUAUUACCCGAAUAUGACUAAAGUAUACCAAGUCAACUGCUGCGAACACCAAACUGAAUGUUUUGCGGAGUUACGGUCGUCGCAAGAGGACGGUCCAGCCACUUUCGCUGUGGCUGCAUUGAUUUAUCAGCCCCACAUGCCAUUUCUACCAUCUGGCAAUAUUGAUGGCCUUCGGUGCAAAAAACCAAAACUUUGA